AUGGGCUAUAUGAAUGUGGGGAAAGGAGCUGGGAAGCUGACAGGGCGCGUGCCUGGGUGUGCCCGGGUGUCGCGUGCACUCCUGACGCCAUUCUUCCCCUUCGUGUUUUCUAGGUCCAUCACCAGAGCCUACUACAGGAACUCGGUGGGCGGUCUCCUCUUAUUUGACAUCACCAAUCGCAGGUCCUUCCAGAAUGUCCACGAGUGGUUAGAGGAGACCAAAGUCCACGUCCAGCCGUACCAGAUUGUGUUUGUUCUGGUGGGUCACAAGUGCGACCUGGACACCCAACGGCAAGUGACCCGCCACGAGGCAGAGAAAGUCGCUGCUGGCUAUGGCAUGAAGUACAUUGAGACCUCGGCCCGAGACGCCAUUAAUGUGGAGAAAGCCUUCACGGACCUGACUAGAGAGAUCUAUGAGCUGGUCAAAAAGGGGGAGAUCACCAUCCAGGAGGGCUGGGAAGGGGUAAAGAGUGGCUUCGUGCCCAACGUGGUCCACUCCUCAGAGGAGGUCGUCAAAUCCGACAGGAGAUGCCUCUGUUAG